UAGUAGCCGCGUUAGUGUGGCUGCGGAACGACGCGAAGCGAGAGGUGCGUCCACGGCGAGAGACAACGGCCAGGAGGAGUACAAAGCUGCGAGCGAGCGAAACCGCGCCCAACGUGACGCCAGGUGGCUAUCGCGCCGCGACGGAACCACGUCGAACCGAUCCACGCUCGUCCCGGUCGUUGCAAGCUGUCCUUGCGUAGAUCUCGACCGUUCGGCAUCGUCGCGAGGAUGACCGUCCGGCGACCAUUGUGAACGUUCUCCGAUCGAGUAAAAGUGACUGUGAAUGACUCCGCCAGUGACUCGACCAGCACGCUCCUGCCUACGAUGAUCCCCGUUCCCGUAGGAAAAUGAACGGCGUUCUCCUCGGCGCUCUUCCGCGAGGGAACAGGAGAGGAACGGCAACGCAGUCGAGUCGCUACAGUCGAGCUGCGAUCCCUCGCGCGUGAAAGAGCCCCGCCGAGAGGAAAGGUUAACGCUCGAAUUUAAAACACGGUGCACCUCCGCGGUUGCGGCGUAGCAUGGCGAACACGGUCCGUGAUCCACAUCUUCCACGGUGAUCCAACGUCGGAGGAUCGAAAAUCUUUGGACGAUCCGAGAACGUCGUAACGUGGGCGAGACUGAAGUGGGACUUUAGCUUCUGCCGACUGUACUUUCCUCGAUUGAGAUCCAUCAAUCCAUAACUCGCAGUCAUCGUGACCGUUAGACGUGUAACAGUGAAAGUAUACGCAUCCGCGUGACGCAUCCGAAUAUCGAGGAAAAGAUUCCCGGGACGAUCCUGCGUUAAUCAUACCGGUCCGUGGACUCGUUCCGUUUUAUCUGUAAACAAAUAUUGUUAUCGUGUAACUCGGAGCGGCGUGCGCUGAUCCUAAAUGUUGCAACAAGUGUCAUACGAGUGUGCGAACCCUCCGAGCGAAACUUCGGGCAGAUUGAUGGGUCUAAGAUUACUGUUCGCUCGGCCGUCGAUGUUCCAUGACAGGAUUCAGUGACGAAGUGGCCGAGCGCUGAGGGAUAUUCGUAAGAUCUCGUCCAGUGGUUGCAGCAAGAUGUGGAGUGUUCCAUGGUUGUUCUCGACGCUGCUGGUCGCCGUUGGCGGACAGUUGGACGAGGGGUACGAUCAGUCGUCGAUUUAUUACACCGAGCCGACUUUCGUCAACGCCAGCAACGGCAACGGGAACGCGGGUCUCACCGAGCUGAGGGGAGGUCACAUUGUCAGGGGGCAACGGUUGUUGGAAAAAUCGAAAAGCCCUUACCUGGUCCGCGAGGACCUGUUCGUGGAACGCGAGGGUGAGCUGGUGAUCGAGCCAGGGGUUGAGAUCCGGUUUGGUCCUAUGAUAGGUAUCACUGUCCGGGGCGUCGUUACCGCAAAAGGGGAACCACAGGCGCCGAUAUUGCUAACAGCAGCGGAAGCGAACAGUCAGGUCCAUCCCAUCGAGUCGCUGUCGAUACGACUGUCCGAUGGGCCGACUCCUUUCGAGGGACGACUCGAGCUUUUCCAUCGGGAAGAAUGGAGAGCGGUUUGCACGAAUUCGAGAAAUUGGACCCGAGCGGAUUUAGAGACGGCAUGCAGACAGCUUGGGUUCCAAGGCGGACGAUGGUGGUCGUGGAUGGACAGGCAAUGGCCGGCGAAGCCACGAUUGCUUUACGAGCAACCGGGCUGCAGAGGCACCGAGACCUCUCUGACGACCUGCGAGAGGUGGUCCGAUCGACAGCUCGGCGGAGGCGUCUGCGAUUAUCAUCCUGAUCUCGGCAUCGCGUGUUUACCUCGCCACGACGGCGCCACGAAGGCGAUCAAACACUGGAGAGGAAUCCGCUUCGAGGAAGCUCUGUACGAUCACCCGCUGAUCCAAGAGAACACGCUCUACGUGCGACGCUCGAAGUCGAUACUGCGAAACGUGGUGAUAGAGCAUGCAGGAACUGGCCGGGAGUAUAAUGUUACCGCCGCGAUCGAUGUUGAGGGCGUCCCGCCGCAGAUGGAGUCGAUUUCGGUUCUCCACGCCGCCUUCACCGGCAUUAAUGUCACCACGCCGAAUGCUCCUGUCGUUAUAAAUAAUUGCACCAUUCAGUACAGCAGAGGAUACGGGAUCUACGUGAACAGUUCAUCCGGAAUGGCGCACAUCAACGACUGCUCCAUAUUGGACAACGGCGCGGACGGCAUCAAGUACGUCCACUUCGACGAGAGACCCGACGAUAAACUGGACCGCACGGAAGUCUUUGAUCUGUGCACGUUCCCGACCACGGCCAGUCAAACGUUCCCAGUUAUAAUAUCCAUGGAGCAAAGCAAAUACGCACCUAACGUGAAAGUUUGCCCGCAACUGAUCUUCACGCGGCCGGGACACGUGCUGACCAUGCAUUUCCUGCAAAUGAAGACGGACAAGAACAACAGCGCGAUCGUGGAGGUUUACGACGGUAACAGCGUCGCGGAGAAAUUGCUGGCCAAAGUGAGAGUGAAGAAUGGCACGUUACCGCAGAGCGUGUCGUCAACUCGACAGAAUUUGUAUAUUAAAUUCUACGCCGAACCUCGCAGCAACACCCUCAUCUUCGUGCGACUGACGUCUGGCUACAAGAAAACGUAUGAUUUGAAUGUAACCGGAAGCGUGAUAGCCAGCAACAACGGAAGAGGAAUCGCGGUGGAGAGACUGCGAUCGGCUCUGCACAUCCACGAGACCUCUGUGUCCAGCAACAAACACGUGGCCGGCGUGCACGUGUCAGGCGGUGCCGCGGACGUGAACAUCACAGGCAGCCGCAUAUCCUUCAACUCCGGCGACGGCGUCAACAUCACUCACACAGGCGGGAAUCGCAACGUCUCUCGAACCAGCAUUUCCUCUAAUCAGGGCUAUGGGUUUGCCGUCUGGUUGAACGACAGUUCCGCCACCGAGUACGUGUACUUCAACCAGACCACCGUGGUGGAGUACUCGCAGAUAUUCAGGAACAAGGACAUCGGCAUCCUCGUCGGCAACGUGACCGGCAACUCCUACGUGAACGUGACGGGCAAUUGGUUCAACAGCAGCGCCGAGACGGCCCUCCAAGUGGAGUCCAGCUGGAGGCAGGACGGGGGGACGUUGAAGCUCCAAAUUGGCCAUAAUUCAUUCGUGCAGAACGCGAAGUUCGGCAUCAAACUGAGCCCCGCGUUGAACCUGGAAGGGACCAUCGAGUACAAUCACUUCAGGGAUCAGUCGAACGGCUGCAUAUUAAUCAAGAAUCCCCUCUACGAGGAGUUCAACGUUCUGCCCGCUGAUAUCGUUGUCAAGCACAAUGAAUUUUAUGGGAACCGCGGGGUUUUCGUUGUAAGCAUCGGCCUUUCACCGUACAGCGACGCGCAGAAAUUGCUAUUCACGAGGAACUUCCUGCGCGACAAUCGUGUCCGCGAGCUGUACGAUAAUGGGAACGCGAUGAGGUCCAGAUUAGUGCCGCGUUCCAGAGUGGCGGCCGUUGUCGUUGUCUCGUCCGGCAACGUCGAGGUGUUCAGGAAUAUUCUACACAAUCCUGAGUCUAGAUACGAGAUCGGGUCUCACCUGGAGGAUCAGUCCAAAGUCAUUAAUUGCACCUUCAACUGGCUCGGGUAUGCGGAGGAGAAGAGGAUAUUCGACAGGCUGUUCCACAGAAAGGACAGGUACAAUCUAGCUAAGAUCGAGUACCUGCCGUACUUACUACACAGCAGCAAUCCAGGAGCAAACACCAUCAUUUCCAAUCCGACGUUCGUGCCUCGCUUCGUCACACCUGAAACGAACUUGGUUGGCGGUGAAGUGGACGGCCAGGAGUUCCUGAGCUCUGGAGAGUACAUCGUCGAGCGCGAUAUUAACGUACGACCGGAUGGCAAGUUGAUACUGCAUCCUGGCGUCACCUUACGCUUCCCCCCAGCUGUGGGGAUGAUGGUUGCUGGCAGGCUCGAUGCUCGUGGCAAACGACCCAGUGAUAUCUUGUUCACUUUGAAAGAGGAGGUUGUCAUGGACUCGGAUAACGGUACACUGAUGAACGAGGGAUUCAAUCAGAUGAAAGAGAUGGAGCUGUCUGUGCGACUUCUUGGCGGCAAGACUAAUCUGGAAGGAAGACUGCAGGUAAAAGUUGGUGAUAAAUGGGGGACUGUCUGCAACUAUGGUUGGACAAUCCGCGACGCAGCCCUGGUUUGCCACCAAUUAGGUCUGACUUUGGAUCCAGAUAACUGGCUCAUGGAACGCUCUCACAUUCCCAGCGCGGGUAUUAAUGAAGACAUCAUUCUCAGCAACGUCAGAUGUACCGAGGAUGAUAACGACAUAUCAAAAUGUCGAGCGGAAACACAGCAGAACUUUGAGAAUUCUUGCACUCACGAGAACGACGUUGGUGUUCGAUGCUCGGAGGCUGCAUGGGCAGGCCUGCGAUUGGGCCCUUUGGCCCAAAGAAGUGACCUGCAGUAUGUGACAAUUGAGAAAGCUGGGUUACUCGAUUAUACGACGAACUCCUUCAAGCCAGCUCUGCAGAUUGACUUUGCGAAACACUCAUUGGACAGUGUCAAAGUCAUCGGCAAUCUACAGGAUGGUUUGGGGAUCCUCUAUUCGGACAUCUAUUCCGCUGACGCCAUUAAUACUGUCAGAAACAGCGAAUUCUCUCAAAACGGUGGCAGCGGCAUCAGCUUCAAGCAGUUAGGAAUGGAAAUCAUUAACUCCAGAGUGGAGAAUAAUAAAGUAGCUGGUAUAAGACACAACCCAGCUCUGUCUGCUGUUCAACAGAGGGAAUUCGCUGGAUGGUUCUUGCGUACACCGGAUACAACUGAUUCGUCGUACAAUCCAAUUAUGAUACCGUACCAAAUGCAAGACAUUGAGUUGGGAAACGAGGAAACUAAGUACAUGAUCACAGCUAAAGUCAGCGGAGAUCCUAUCAGGCGACGCAUCAGCAUUAAAUGCAGACCAGGCUACGUUAUCGGUAUCCAGCUUCUCAAUCCAAUUGGAAAUCGCAGCACUGAACAGAUUGUCAUACACGAUUCGCAGUACGCUGACUUAAAUAGAGAAGUUUGGCACGUGAAAAGAGAUUUGGCUAUAUUUCCUGUUACGUCCAGUUCUUUCAUAGUUGUCCUGGAAUACGACAGUGGGACCAACGCGUUAGGUGGAUCUAUAAUGUCCAUCACAGCCAUUCGAGCUCCGAUACAGAACAUAAGAAGCAAAAUUGUACGGGGACCGAUCCCCACACUUCUAGUCAUAAAAUCCAAGAUCAAGAAUAACAAAAGAGGCAUCCUCGCGUCAUUCUACAACAGAUACUUGGACGAAGCUGGUGACCACUUCCUGAGAAAGGCGAAUGAGUCCAUACAACUGGUCGGAUGUGAAAUAUCUCACAACCAAGAGGAAGCUAUUUACGUGCACUCGCCGUACUGGAACAUCUAUCAGACCAAUCUAUCCGAGAUCUCCAUCCACAUUAACGACAGUCUGAUCACCGAUAAUGGCCAAGGCAUAUACCAGUUCAGCCGGGACGCCAGAUACUCAAACAACCUUUUCCACUGGAUCAUGCAAGACAGCACCAUAGAAAGAAACCAGAAGGGUGGCUUCGAAGUGCUUCUACCAGACGUGUGGCAGUACAACGAGAACUUCACGCACACUUUAUACUUCGACAAUAACACAUGGAGGAACAACGAUCAAUUCGGUUUCAUAGUGGACGGUCACUUCGCCACGCUGAACAUCUCCCACAACCGAUUCGAAGGGAACCGUUGCAAGACUGGGCUGAUCUCCGUCCGUGGAAUGGAGAAGAAGAUGCAGAUCGACAACAACCACAUAGAGAGUAACACCGGAAUCUACAUGGUGGAGUUCAGGGCGUUCAGCCAGUCUGAAAUCUUGGGGGACGUGGAUGCUAACUUCAACUACAACGAAAUCAAACGAAACAGUUACGACCUGGCUGGCAUGGGACCACGUCGCACCGACGACAAUCCAAGUUACGUGGUAGGCUUCCAUGGCAUUCAGAAGGUGCAGAUCAAUAGGAAUCUAUUUGGUCAGAAUUCCUUGGACUACGAACUGCUAGCUGGCAUCAGAACAGCUAAGAUCAACAAUGAGGUGGAUGUCUCUGAGAACUGGUGGGGAACGCCCGACGACGUCGACAUCAGACGCAGGAUAUUCGACUUCGACGACUGGAACGACCACGCGGUAGCUAACUACAGGCCCUUCCUGACCAGCGACUCCUUCGAUUCCUCCAUUUCCGCUUCCUGGCAGGUUGCUAGAGACGUAGACUUGGAUAACUUAGGCGGUCGUAUCAUGGAGAACUUGUCCAUACAUGCCAGGAGUCAGCCUUACGUAGUGCGGUCGGAUAUCACUGUUAUGCCAGAAGCUACGUUGCACAUCUAUCCGGACGUAGUGAUGGAGUUUGCCCCCAACGUUGGAAUCCUAGUUCUAGGCACGCUGAAAGCAGUGGGAGCUCCUGGCCACGAGAUUAUAAUGAAGCCGAUGGAACGUAACGAUACGAACGUCUCCGCAAUUCCAAGACCUGUUACAACCGGAAAUAUCGUCUCAAUGUCAGAGGAAACUAUCCGCUUAUGCAAAGAUGGCCGGUGUUCUUCCUUGUACAAUGAAGGUUUCCUAGAAUUCUUCAAUAAAACCACUCUGCAAUGGAUACCCUUGUGCGACACCAGAUUCACCGAGAGAAACGCGCAGGUGGUCUGCCGCCAGUUGGGCCAUGAUUCGCUCAAUGUCUACGUGUCCUAUGAUCAUAGGUACGAACUUCAUCCUGGCUCUCUGAUCCGCGUGUGGUCUUGGCCUGAACCACUACAGUGCACUGGAAAAGAAGAGAAGUUAGAGGACUGCCAGAUCAGGCUGAACGGCCAGCUGUACGGUCAUCGACACGAGUGUCCAUGGGACAGCCAGUUCGUGUUCAUAAGCUGCGGGAAACGGAACCUCGAUGAUGCGCAUGACUAUUGGGGCGGCAUACGCAUCGCCAACAGUGAAUUCGAACAUCACUUGUACGAGCACCGCAUCCACGACGUGGUGACUCAUGAAACGCUCAGACGCGUCGAGUCGAUACUGAAAUACAUAAACAUCACCGGUGCUGGCAUCCUGCAUUUCGAGAAGUCGGCCGCCCUGCAGACGAUCAUGAAGUCCCCGACGAUAAUGCAUAUUAAUAUCAGCCGCAGCGCUUAUCACGGCAUCAACGUGAUAUCUCCGACUCACACUGUGGAAUUGCUGUUUAAUUCCGUCGAUAAUGUACUGGGGAACGGUGUCAAUGUGCUGUCAAUAACGGGAGAAGGCCGCGAGGCGGAUGAAAGUUCGUUCACGCCGAUCAAAGAUCUCAAUAUACCCUAUCAUUUAUUCAGCAUGAUUGAUAUAUGCGACACGACCAAGGAGAUCACGUUAGAGGAACGUGUGAUCGUGUAUUACAAAUACGACAAUCAUCCUGUGAAUUGCGUGAAGAUCUUCCGCAGUGCUUACAGAGCGAAGCCCUUCGGGUUUAGGCUUCUGCAGUUCAAUCUUUUCAACUCCACUGGAAAACCUGGUCGCGUGGAUAGCAUUACUUUGUACGAUGGAGACAUUUAUAACAUCACUGCCAAGAGCAUAGGUCAUCUAGAAGCUAACAGUCCAGACGAAAAGAAACUGUUCAAGACCCAGGGACCCAGCCUCAGUAUAAGACUGUUCGCUAAUGGUGCAAGCAGUGUGCAUGGAUUCAUUGCAGAAGUUGUUACUCUACCCAUCUCUGCCAUUGGAUUUAACCGUGACGUGCAACACAACAUAUCCUAUUCUGUGAUAUCAAACUGCCGAGAGGGAGCGAUCAAAUACGCUAGUGCCGGCGAGGUAAACGCAAUAAUGACUCUGGAGCGCAAUCAAUUCACGAAUAAUUGUGAGAAGCUUUACGGUAACUUCUCAACCUGUAAAUCUGCCCUCUGGUUGGACGUCCAGAAUACCCAGUCUCUAUUCUUCAGAAACAACUUGGUCCGCCAGAAUCAGGGUGGACUUUCCAUCCGCGCUGAUUCUAGGGGUUCAGCGACUUCUUUGAAGGGAUGGAUACACAACAACCUGUUCGCUGAGAACUUGAAUAAGCCUGCAUUGUACGUAGAAGGUCGUCAAAGUAGUCCAUACCAAGAGGUCACUAUAUUCAGGAACUACUUCACAAAGAACAGCGCUCCAUACGACAACAAUAUCGUCUUGAAACAAGUAGUUAGCAAUAUGACCCUUAAUUACUUGCACGGCAAUCUUGGUGCGCAUCUUUUAGAAAUCUCAGGAUUCGAAAGAGUCAGGUUGCCCAUUUAUCAAAGCACAUCUCACAAUGGAUUCUACAAAAACUACGCUCUGGACCGCAAUGGCCGUAGCACGAUAGUGGCUGGCACACCUGGCCAGCAGUACGUCGACAAUGUCUUUUUCAAUCCAGACAAUGAUUAUGAAAUGCUCACCACGAAUCGAUCACAACAACUAGAAAUGUGGAGGUCUCAUAUAGAUGCAAGACACAAUUGGUGGGGAUACAAUGAAAGUCUAGCAGUGGCGGGCAGAAUCAGGGACAGAGGGGACUCCCCUGAAUUGCUGCAGGUCGAUUACCAACCUUUCCACAUGAACAACAAGUCUGUUCUGAACGGGAAAUGUCCACCCGCCUGGAAUCUUGUGGGCGACACCUGUUACAUCUACAUUGGCGCCCCCAUGGACUUCUUCAGUGCCAGAGAUUUUUGUAGAUCGGUGAACGCGUCGAUGCCAUUCGUCAUGGGUGACUAUCUUGAGCUCUGGCACUUCCUACGGAAACAGCAAGAACGUUACGACAUUUCGGACCGCGCAUGGGUACAGCAGUUGGACAGAGUAGACCAAUGCACAACCUUCACGUAUCAAACCAUUGAGAUUGAUCAUUGUGCCCAGCCGAGUCCCUUCAUUUGCGAAAUCGAUCCUAAGGUGAACAUUGAUCCACUAUCCUGGAGAAAAGACAUCGUCGCAGUAGCUGUGUUAGGGGCUGCAGGCGUAGCGUUAGCACUGUUAACAGCUGCCAUUGCACUGUGGGUGUCUAAAUCAAAGAGAAGAAAUAUCGAGAGAUUAGAGAGACGGAAUUCCAUCAGGCAGUCCUUGCACUCUUUAAGAUCAGUCGGGUCUACCUCAGGAUUCACUGAACUCGCUUACCGUCGUAAACCUAUUACGACAAAACACUCUACGGAUACACUGAACUCGAAGUCCCUGGAUUACAAAAGAAUGCUGAAUGGAGGAAGCAUAGAUUCAAUGGACAAGUCUCAGUUGAACUCCUCGAUGGAGGACAAUCAAAGCUACGACGUCUACGAAGCUCACAACCCACGGUAUUCGCCCAGUACGAGUGACUUCAAGAGCACCGCCCAGAAGUACGGCGUACCUCAGAGCGGGGACAACCCGGUGUUCGACCUGACUUAUCGCAACGAAGGCUUCCGGAACCAUUCCACCUUCACCUCGAGAAGCACCAAUGACUGGCCCACGGAAUCCAACACCGAGACGACUACAGACGAAACCCCCGCUGUCGACGCUACGCACGAGAGCUCGUAUCUGAACAACACGUCCACUCUUCCGCUGCACUCGAGCCUCGUUCUGACUGAUUCGAUCAGCGAAUUGAAACGCGACAUUGAAGCGUCAGCUUCCUACAGUCCCAUGGAGUACGACGUCAGGCGUAGCUACGACAACGCGCCCUUGACGCCCAGCCAGGCGUCCGAGCCUGUGCCCGAAUACGCUCCGGACUUCAACCCUCCGAUACCACCGCACCCCUACCAUCGCUACGACGAAGUUCGACCCAGAAGCGAGGCGCUGUUAGAGACGAAUUUGGACAACGGGGAGGAGAAGCCGUUGAGGUCGAAGAGCGAGGCUCUGCUGGAGACCAAUCUAGACGUGUUCUUGGCCAACGAGCCCACCGAGCUGACACAGCUGUCCUCCACGGCGAGAAGUAAGAGUCAACCCCUGGAAACAGCGAUGUGAACCGCUGUUCCCUCUCAGAGAUACGAUUAGACACGAGCACCUAUUUCUGACCACGCAAGGGGAGUGCUUAAGUGACUUUAAGUGGACCCACCGAGUAUUACACUUAAGUGGCUCAUGGAGGACAACGAGUGCAAUAACGUAUUGCUAAGUUUCCCGAAGUUCAUUAAGGUUCUUCCUCGCACGACUUACGAUGUAGAGUUGUUCCCGGCGGCUAGAUCUCAAUAUUCAGCUGACGCGGGAUACCAAUGUGAGAUUUUUUAUACAUUUCUGGCGAACGGAGCGAGCAUGAUUGCAGAUUGUACCUAAUUCAUGUAGUAUAGUACACGCACAAAUGUAUCGCGUAGACUAGGCAGACUUAUUUCUAACGACGUGUACAGAGGAGUGUAUUAUACAACGAUGGGAAUGAUGGUUCGCGAUUAGAGUAGUCUCAUCAGUCAUUCGCAUGAUGCUCGAACACGAACGAGCACUUCAAACAAUCUACAUAAUUUAUACUCUUCGAAGUUGUUCGUAGGAUUCACGUGAGAAUAUUUUUCUCUUUACCGAGCUCGUUAGGAUAUUGUCACGAAUGAGUGGUAUUACACUGCCAAACUAUGUAUGCGAGGGAUAAUGCGGUUUAUAUACUCGGCAGAGCGAGGUGUGCUCACGUUGUGAUAGAUGACCCGUUGGAGUAUAACUUACCAAUUUAGCAUCGUUAGCGUACUAAUGACUCAGACGAAUUGUUCAUUGAGGAACACGGUAUCCAUUAGCGUGACGCGACAUUGGAAUUAUUCAAUGGAUACUGUUUUCCUUGACCGUUUGUGUCCUGAGCGCGAUCGCGCUUCGUUGCACUGUCUAAAAGUGCCGGUUUAUCGGCUCGUACAAUCGGAUGAAGCUUAUUUAUUUCCUUUCUUUCUAUUUAUUCUUUUUUAUCUUUCUACCCGUUUAGAAGUGGGAAAAUGUAACGAUCGCGUCAUUUAAAAUUUGUUCUAACAAUAGAAAAGCGUGAUUCAGUUUCUACCCGUUUAGAAGUGGGAAAAUGUAACGAUCGCGAUAUUUAAAAUUUGUUUUUCUAACAAUAGAAAAGCGUGAUCCAGUUUCUAUCCGUUUAGAAGUGGGAAAGUGUGACGAUCUAUUUAAAAUUUGUUUUUGUAAUAGAAAAGCGUAAUUCGGAUUCUGAAUUGACUCGAAAAACGUGAUCGCGCCUAUUAGUAUUUUUCGACCGGGUUUUUGCAAAACCGGUGGGACUCAAACGGUUGAAGUAGGUGAUCUCACCAAGCGCCUUGAUUAGAUAUCUUCUAUAUAUAUAUAUGUAUACGUUAUAACAGAUUAUCCGUCCGUUAUAUGUAAGUUGAUCAUACGUAGCGCCUCUCUAGGCUCGCGUUACUUAGGUGUCCUUUGAUGCAG